AUGACAACUGAAACAAUUACACACACUGGCAUUCUGGAAACUCUUGAAACUAUUGCUUUUCCGAAUAUACCACCUUUCCCUUCGGAUAUCCCUACAGCUCCCCUGUAUCGACUCUCACUUUCAGCACUUCGCUCGAACCCUGCUGAAUCCGCACGUCUAUUUCAAUCCUCAAAGGAUCUCGACUUCUUCUAUCUAGAUUUGAGAGGUGAUGUCGAGGGGGAGAGGCUUCUCGAAGAGGCUGAUCAAGCUUUUGAGCUAGCACAGACAUGUUAUGAUUUAGGAAGGGAUGACCGCGGGAGCUAUAUGGGGUACAAGGGAAGCGGGACAUCGAUUGUAGACGAAAAGGGUAAUCUGGACCGAAAUGAGUUCUAUAAUGUACGAACUACUCAAGUCCCUGGCCUUACGGAAGUUAAAAGUGCUGACAGCAGAAAUAUUCCCAAAGACGAGUUCCUAGGCAUCUCGGAGACACCAUUCGAGCACCCCCAACUCUUCUACAAGAAUGCUGACCUCAUUAACUCAUACAUUCAAACUGCACAUUCCAUCGUAAUACUCAUCCUCUCGCACCUAAACAACCAUCUGCAUCUCCCACCCAACACGCUCCAAAAUCUCCACUACCUCCGCUCUCACUCAGGCGACCAAGUCUGCCUCAUCAAAUCCACUCCACAGCCGGCGUCAGAACUGCGGACCACCCUAGGAAAUCACACAGACUUCGGCAGCCUCACCAUUAUUUUCAAUCGCCUAGGAGGGCUUCAAAUCCUGCCCCCUUCAUCCCUCACCCCCGCAGACCAAGAACCGCAAUGGAUAUACGUGAAACCGCUGCCGGGUCACUGUAUAGUAAACUUAGGUGACGCGAUGGUGAAGUUUAUGAAUGGGCUGCUGAGGAGCAACAUACAUCGCGUGGUUGCUCCUCCCGGCGUACAAGGGCAGGAGAUUAGAUAUAGUGUGGUAUAUUUUGCGCGGCCUGGAGACGAGGUGGUGUUAAAAAGAUUGGAAGGCAGUGAUGUUAUCCCUGAAUUGAAAGAAGGGGAGAAGGAGGAGGAAAAUGAUAGUAAGGAUUGGAUUCUGUUACAGGCUUUGAGAUUGAGGGAAGUGAAGGAUGGGAUGAGUGAUGGAGAGAAGAAGAAGCUUUGGGAGGAAAGUGGAAGGGGUAAGUAG